UGACCUGAAAGAAAGGCUGAUGCUUAAUGACUGAGCCACCCAGGUGCCCCUCCCCUUUUUUUCCCAAGACAGAAUGAGCAUGGGGGGGGGGGGCAGACUCCCCACUGAGAGCAGAGCCCAAGGUGGGACUCAGUCUCCUGCCCCUGAGAUCAUGACCUGAACCGAGAUCAAGUUAGAUGCUUACCCUACUGAGCCACCCAGGUGGCCUGUAGUUACCUUUUAAUGAAACAGGCACAGAAUAUGUCCUUUGGACUUAGGGUCAUACUGGGACCCCACAGAAGAAACCUUUAGGAACUUUGGUCCUUGCUCCUAGAAUUGCCUCUGUCACUGAUAGAAGGCAGGAGAACCAGGAUUCUCUUAAGCUCUCCGGGGCAACAGGCAAGGUGACCAAUCAAGUCCUAGGCCUGGGGUGUGUUGUUGGAGGUGAAAGUGUUGCUAGGACUACUGAAUCCUGGGUGACUGACCAGACAGAAGGGAGAUCCUGCUUCACGUCCUGAGCCUGCGUCCCGCCAGCUUGUGGACAUGUCUGUGAGAAAGGUGACAAAAGUCGAACAGGAUUUUCAAAGGGUCCUGGGAUUUAAGAAGAUGGCAGACAGGUGGCGAAACUCGCAGGCUCGCUGUCUGUGGCAGACGACGCUCAGCCAGAGGAGAAACCUGAACGCUACCGCGAGGUUGCAGGACACCCUGGGACAGGAGUUAGCGCUGGCCCACAGGCAACUCCUGACGGCCCGUCGCGCGGCCCUGCGCGCGCUGCUGGAAGCGGAGCAUCGCCGGUGGCGCCGGGAGCUGGGCGCGGGCGGCGGAGCGCGCGGCGCGGAGAGGCUCUGAGCGCGUCUGCAGCGGCGGAGCGCGCGGCGCGGACGGACGCGCGUCCCUCGGCCCCGAGUGCCCGGAUCUCAACACUGUUCGUUCGUGGCCAUAAACCCGAGAGCGGCUCCGUGGGUCGUGCUCCCGCC